AUGGCCGCUCCGCCUGAGGCCUCCCUCUUCGUUGCUACGCGACGGGCGGAACCCGCCCCCCGCAGCCUCCUUGUGAAAACUACAAGUCCCAGGGAGGCGGCCAGGCAGGAACUGCAGCUCCCAGCAUGCUCCUCGCACGCGGCGCGGGCACCGCCGGGGCCCACACUACAUUUCCCGGCAGGCAACGGGUGCGGUGCCCAAUCAGCGCUGUCCAGGUUGGUGGGUGAGAGGAACGGGGUUGGCUUCCGCGGGAGUAAACGGGCCGCGGAGAGGAAGCGGCGCAGGGGAAGCGGUGCCGGUGACAUUUCCUUUCGGGCCGCCCCCCUCUCCCGCUGCCGGAGCGGGGCCCCGAGAAUGGCAGCGUUAGGAGAACCAAGUAAGUUUUCACAAACGCUGAACGGAAUUCCUUCUUCAAACACAGUCAGCAGUGGAAUGGACCCCUUCCAUGCUUGCAGUAUUCUUCAACAGCUUAAAACCAUGUAUGAUGAAGGACAACUGACGGAUAUCGUAGUGGAAGUGGACCAUGGAAAAACAUUCUCCUGUCACAGGAAUGUUCUUGCUGCAAUCAGUCCUUAUUUCAGAUCUAUGUUCACUAGCGGCCUUACAGAGAGUACCCAGAAAGAAGUGCGUAUCGUUGGUGUUGAAGCAGAGUCAAUGCAUUUAGUGUUGAACUAUGCAUAUACCUCCAGAGUAAUGCUGACAGAGGCCAACGUUCAAGCUUUGUUCACCGCAGCUAGUAUCUUCCAGAUCCCUUCCAUCCAAGACCAGUGUGCUAAAUACAUGAUCAGUCAUUUGGACCCACAGAACUCCAUUGGGGUGUUUAUCUUUGCUGAUCACUAUGGUCAUCAGGAACUCAAAGACAGAUCACAAGACUAUAUUCGUAAAAAGUUUCUGAGUGUCACCAAAGAGCAAGAAUUUCUUCAGCUGAGAAAAGACCAACUGAUAAGUAUACUCGACAGUGAUGACUUAAACGUAGACAAAGAAGAACACGUUUAUGACAGCAUUAUAAGGUGGUUUGAGCACGAACAAAAUAAGAGAGAAGUGCACCUUCCAGAAAUAUUUGCCAAAUGCAUCCGUAUGCCUCUGUUGGAAGAGACAUUUUUAGAGAAAAUCCCUCCCAUGUUUGCACAGGCUAUGGCCAAAAGCUGUGUACAAAAGAGACAACAUAGUGCCAAUGGCUAUACACAACGGCUUGGAAUGACCGCUUCUGAAAUGAUCAUAUGCUUUGAUGCUGCCCACAAACACUCAGGAAAGAAGCAAACAGUGCCUUGUUUAGAUUCGGUCACAGGGAGAGUGUUUAAACUAUGCAAGCCACCAAAUGACUUGAGGGAGGUUGGAAUUCUCGUAUCUCCCGAUAACGAUAUUUAUAUUGCGGGUGGUUACAGGCCAAGCAGCAGCGAGGUCUCCAUUGACCACAGAGCAGAGAGUGAUUUUUGGAUGUAUGAUCACACUGGCAAUAGGUGGAUUCCGAAAGCUCCUUUGUUGCGAGCCCGAAUAGGCUGCAAAUUGGUUCAUUGCUGUGGUAAACUGUAUGCAAUAGGUGGUCGUGUUUAUGAAGGAGAUGGGCGGAACUCACUCAAGUCUGUGGAGUGUUAUGACAGCCGAGAGAACUGUUGGACGGCUGUCUGUCCGAUGCCUGUAGCAAUGGAGUUCCACAGUGCUGUGGAAUAUAAGGAUAACAUCUAUGUGUUACAGGGGGAAUUUUUUCUCUGCUAUGAUCCUCAGAAGGAUUACUGGGGAUUUUUGACCCCAAUGACUGUGCCUAGAAUCCAAGGCUUGGCAACUGUGUACAAUGACUCCAUCUACUACAUAGCUGGAACCUGUGGAAACCAUCAGCGCAUGUUUACCGUAGAGGCCUAUGACAUUGAACAGAAUAAGUGGACUCGAAAGAAAGACUUUCCAUGCGAUCAGUCCAUUAAUCCCUAUAUAAAACUCGUACUCCUCAAAAAUAAACUCCACCUGUUUGUCAGAGCUACUCAAGUCACUGUUGAAGAACACGUUUUCAGAACCAGCAGGAAGAAUUCGCUCUACCAGUAUGAUGAGGUUACUGACCAAUGGCAGAAAGUAUAUGAGACUCCAGAUAGGCUCUGGGAUUUAGGCCGGCAUUUUGAAUGUGUUGUUGCUAAAUUGUAUCCACAGUGUCUUCAGAAAGUUAUUUAAAUGGCUUUUUUUGUUUCUUUUCUUUUUUUUUCCUUUCUUUCCUCUUUUCUUUUUCUUUUCCUUUUCUUUUAGUAACAGGCCUUAGUGGUUUCAGUGGUAACCUGAUGCUAGAGAAAACAUGUCUUAAAGAAAACAAAGAAAUUCUGUCAGUAUUUAUUGUAAGCUGAAACAGACAGGUUUUUUUUGUGUAUGGGGAUGGGUGCUCUUUAAAGGUUGCAGUCUGGGGAAGGAUUUACUGCUUCAGUUUCGUAUUUACUGAUGUUUUCCUGGGAAAUGAGAAGGAGGUUACAAAGUGCAAUUAUCAGCAUAUUUUUUUUUUCUGGUAAACACUUAGUCAUGUCAUACUAGAGGGGUGUUUGUGUGGUAAGAGCAAAUUAAGUGGAAGAGCCAGGAUAACUAUGCACUACAGUGAAAGAAAAUCUAGCAUUAAUAACUGAGGAUGUCCAAGAUGUUUUGAAGUGACUUUUCUUCUUCUUUUUUUUUUCCUUUUUUGUUUAAUACGGGUAACAUUUGAGGCAAUAU